AUUCACUGACCGCCUUCAUUAGUGACUUCGGUUUCCGAUACCGAUAUGUUACGUAGAUAUUUCUACAAAAGUUGUUAAUAUUGCUUGACCACGGUUCUCUAACUUUGCAUGACGUUUUUUUUAGUUUUUGAUUUCACUUUAAGACUUUCUCCUCCUCUACUUUUUCUUUUCUUUAUAACCUUUAGGGACAUUCAUAGCUCCCCGCAAAGCGACCUUGCUACUUGCCCAGGUGCACGAGCUUCACCUCGCUCUAACCACGUCGCCAACAGUCAAAGCAAAGCGAAACGCCACACCCCGAUACUCAGUACUGCGAGAGUCUUGGAGUCGCUCACAAUAGCACUGUCAAUGUAAAUUUGCCCCAUAUUUCUACGUAAAAGUUAUACAUUGCAAAUAUGAAGCGCUCACGCGAGCAUGAAGAGGACGAAGAGUCCUUGUCACCAGAACCCGAGGUUAGGAUUAGUUCGGAUAGAAUAUCGGAUAGGCCGAGCCCUCGAGAACUAGAGACACAUCCACCUACGAAAAUCACUGAGUUAGACGAGUACGCCGUCGAUGACGAUAGCAAUAACUUCGCAAUGAAAUGCUCUCUACCUCCGCAUCGAGAUAUCCUGUCGUUCAGGACAUAUGCGGAAUACGAAGCGCAUCACAACAGGACGCAUACAAAUCGAUGCGUAGAAUGCGGGAAGAACUUCCCAUCUGAACACUUGCUAAAUGUGCAUAUCGAAGAGUGCCAUGAUGUCUUCGCUGCCGUGAAGAGGGAAAGGGGUGAACAUACGUACUCGUGCUUUGUCGAGGGUUGCGAUCGAAAAUGUGGAACGCCUCAGAAGAGACGCAGCCACCUCAUUGACAAGCAUAUGUAUCCGAAGAAUUAUUUCUUCGCGGUUACCAAGGAAGGUGUUGAUGGGAGACAGUCAUUACUCCUCGAAGGCGGGCAUCGUCGACGGAGGUCUUCCACGACGACCAACGCUAGCAGGCCAAAGUCGGCCGGAAGAAGACAGAGUCUUCGGCAAACGGAAACCUCGAAACCCGUGACGGAGGAGCCGACGAAGGAAGUACCGAAAGAAGUAUCAUCCCCGGCUGAAGCCCCUGAUACUGAGAUGGACGAUCUGGCCGGUGCUAUGUCGGCAUUGCAAUUCAUUCCUACGACCAUCCGCUUUGGUCAUCGGAAAGGGAAAACAGGUUUUGCGAAACGAUAA